AGUAACCACAAACUUAGGAAUCGAGAAAAGAAAACAAGCAAGAGAGAAACUAGCCUAUCUAGAUCAGAAAAAAAUGGCAAAGCUUGCAAUGGUUGCCCUAAUCUUGUGCGCCGUCCUAUUCAACUUUGUUGCAUCCAGUAGAGAUGUAGAUCAGCAACUCAAGUAUUGCCCAAGCACAGAUGUGUUCCCAGGAGGAUGCGGUGGUCAGCUACAAGAACAAUGCCUUCUCGACGUUCUGGGGAAGUAUGGCGCCGGCAGCAUGCCCAAAAACUGCUCCUGCACUCCUUCUGGCGCUCAACACAUUUGCAAUUGCCAAAUUGUUUGCCGUGCCUGAAAAAUUUUCGU